GUCAUGGCGACGCUCGGAGCAGAAGCUGGCGGCGGCGCGGGCCGAAUCCCGCCCCGGAACCAUCUCCUAUGAAAUGACCUUUGGCUCUAAAAAGAAGACUCGAUUUUUCAUGAUAAAAUGGCAGUGGUGAAAACCCCCAGCAGAGAGCUAAGCAAUGCGGAAGAACCAUUUACUAACAUAUCCCCCCUCCUUUUGAAGAGCCUAGUGGAGGAGCCUAAGAAAAGAAGAGAAGUACCUAAUCACCUUCUAGAAUCAAAGGUUUAUGCAAAAGUUCUGAACAAUAAGGUCAUACAGGCAAAACCUGGCAUACUGCAUUUUGGAGGCUACAAAGUCGAAAAACAACACCAACAGAUUCUGCAUCUGGUCAAUAUUUCCAAUGAAGACGUACAUGUGCAUAUCUUACCCCCUCAAACCAAAUACUUUCAGAUCAAGUAUGUGAAAAAGGAACACCGCCUUGUCCCCGGCUUGUCCCUCACAGUCACCAUUACGUUUUCCCCAGAUGAGUGGCGAUACUAUUAUGACUGCAUUCGGGUUCACUGUAAGGGAGACGACACUUUGCUUAUUCCCAUCCAUGCCUAUCCUGUCGUGAAAACAUUGGACUUUCCCUCAUUUAUAAAUCUAUCCAACGUUUUCCUUGGUGAAAGCAAAAAAUACGUUAUCCCUUUGCAGUGCAGCUGCCCUGUAGAUUUCGAGUUUCAUAUCACUUUGAUUCAGUCUCAUGAAGCCUUUACUGUUGACCCAAUAUCAGGCAUUCCCUUGCUUUGGCUUCCCUUUGCCGAUAUCUCCAUGCAUCUGGUAUACAUCUUUGAGGCUGCGGAAUUUACGAAGACUUUUAUUCACCUGCAGUAA